UCGGAACGUCAUGUAGGGGUGAGUCAGCUCCUACUGGAACACCAGAUAUUCCGCAGACCGUCCCAGCAGCAGCAAUAAGAAGUGGAUCGGCGACUUCGCCCAGGCUACUUAGCUCCCACUGCUAGUACUUGCGACUAACAUCCUCACAAAUGACCCAACUCGACCGUUCAGAAUGCCCGAUCGAACUGACUUCGGUUAUACUGGAGAGUGGAUGCGGCUCGGAGGAGACAGCGAGUGAUCGACAGCACCUCCGAGAGUCCAGCACGUGUAUGGGGACCAUCACAAGCCAUGCCGAAGAGACCGCCAACGUCCAGGAACUGCCCGCUAUUGAUGGAGGCUGGAGGGCCUGGCGUUUCGUCGCCUCUGCCUUCAUGGUGGAGGUGAUGAUCUGGGGCUAUGAAUUCAGUUACGGCAUCUUCCAAGAGUUCUCUACAGUUAGUAUCGCCGCGGUCGGAACAAGCGCAAUAGCCAUCCAGUACGGAGAGACAUUGUUACUGUCGUUGUUCUUCGAACGAUAUCCCGAUCUACUAAAACGAAGCGUCUGGGUGGCACUGGGGGUUGCAACUCUCUGUCUGUUACUGGCGAGCUUCGUUAGCCAGAUAUCGCACCUCAUCAUGUUACAAGGCGUGAUCUUCGGCAUCGCCGGAGGCUUCCUAUACUAUCCCAUCCUCGUCCUGCUACCGCAAUGGUUUCACCGAAGGCGCGGUCUCGCAACUGGCAUCAUAUUUUCUGGGUCCGGCUUUGGGGGGUUCGCGUUUCCAUUCCUCUUUCAGGCGCUCCUCGAGCGAUAUGGUUUCCGCUGGACGCUCCGGAUUUGGGCGCUCGUGACAUUGUUUGGGAUGCAGCCCCGACUGCCGGUGCCGAAGUUCCCGAGGGGACAGAGACCGCGCUUCAUUCCUCCACAGAUGCACUUCCUCAAGUCCACACUAUUUUGGCUCCUCAGCAUCUGUACGAUCAUGCACGCGAUGUCCUUCUAUUCAGUGUCCCUCUACAUAGCCACGUUCACGAAGGUCAUCUCGACACCCCUGUCGGCCUCGAUAGUCCUCGCCAUCUUCAACUCCUCCGGCACCGUAUGCCAGGUCGUCAUGGGACAUCUUUGUGACAGGUUCUCCUACGCAUGGAUGAUGGCAGGCAGCACGCUCGUCAGCGGACUUGCAGUGUUCCUCCUGUGGGGUUUCGCGCGGGAACUGACAUUAAUAUUCCUCUUCGUCAUCAUAUAUGGUGGUUUUAUGGGAGGCUACAACGCACUGGGACCGGCGUCCGCGAGCGACUGUGCAGGCAACAAGCCAGAGCAGUCGAGUAUCAUCUGGGCAUGCAUCUUCUUCAUCCGGGGCAUCGCCGUCGUGGCUGGACCCCUCGUCUCCGGUGUCCUCUACGGCGUCGGGGAAACGACCGAAAGCGCUGGCUCCAUGUACGGGGGCUACGGGUUCAAGGCUCUGGAAGUCUUCGUCGGGACGUGCACGGUGGCCGCCAGCCUCGGCAGCGUCAUGAUGGCUAUCACAAGGCGCAAGGUCCAGGAGUGACCGGGCUCGGAAGGUGGUCGGCCGCACUGCAGUCGCGCGAGUUUGCGUUCGUUCGGGAGUCAGCGCAACCGCUACGCUGAUGUGUUAGCGACAUACAGUGCGUGCGGGCACUCACCGACGAGCGCAGGCGUGCGUCACAUAGAUUUCAUACACUGUCGGGCAUCUCGGGGUCGUUAG